AGUCGCGCUUACCGGUUAUAGCUGACCGCCGCGAAAACAACCUCAGCUCAAAAUCACUCUCCCUUCACUUUUUCGCUUCAAGCAAAGUACAAGAGAUAUGGGAACCAGAGGGGUCAUUGGGGAUAAGUGGUCGAUGAGGAUUCUCUGGCUCUGUGCAAUUGGAAGUGCCAUCAGCCUGUAUAUGGUUGCUGUAGAAAGACAAACACAGAACCGAGAACGGAUGCUGGCUGAAAGUUUAAAGGCCAUGGAAUCGGAUGGUAGCAGUGAGGAACUUUGAAUCUUUCCAUGCUUAAAUGUGAGUUGAGUUACUAAUAACAACUCGUUAAAGACCUUCAGAAUUUUAUAUCAGGAUUCAGUAUAACCUUUUGUUAAAAAGGUUUCUCAUGUAUGGAUUCCAAAUCUUGUGCUAUGGAUCUUUUAAUUUUGAGUUUUAAUGCAAUAUUGUGGAUCAAUUAAGCUCUGCAUUUAAC